AUGAUUGAGCAGAAACGGUUGAGCGACAACAAAGCACAUUCUGAACGACUAAGUACAUUUGUUUUAUUAUUUACGCGUGAACAAGUCAUCUGCAAAAUGACGGACAGGAAGGUCCUGAAAUUUCCCAGAAAUGUUUACAUUUGUACUUUUCUUCAUUUAUUGAAAGGCGUGACUGAAGCCUUCAUGUUUCUAUAA